CCAUACGUCGCCGUCCAUGGCGGAUUUAAUGGAAACGAUAACGAACCUUUCCCUGACAGUCGGGUUUACUGCAGUAUCUUAAAAAUUUAAUUUUAUAACUAGCCGUUUUAUGAAGCGAUAACAAUAAUUACGUGCAUUUCCUCAGUAUAUCACCGAAGCAAGAAGACUCCAGCGGUUGCUUAAAAAAAAAAGAAGCAACCAGGAAGUGGUCUAGCAAUGUAAUCCUUGAUUGAUCUUUGAUAUGUCUCUUAUAAGGCUGGUAGCCACCACCCUGGGAAAAACGACCGGGCUCUUAACUCUCGUAGUUGUUGUCAUUGCAGCGGUUUUAAGUUACUUCGACGAACCCGAUCCGGUUAAAUACACGAGCAUGGCUGAGGACAUGAAGACUCUGGAGGAAAACUUCAAGCAGCAGAACAAAAGCUGUUUUAUCCUCGGUGCUUCAGGGGAAACAGGCAAGGUGUUGCUUCAAGACCUGCUGGAGCGCAACCUCUUCUCCAAGAUAACUCUCAUUGGAAGGAGACAGCUCACAUUUGAGGACAAAGCGUAUGAAAACCUGGUACAAGAGGUGGUUGACUUUGAGAAGCUGGAUGAAUAUGCUGCUGCUUUCCAGGGCCAUGACGUUGGCUACUGUUGCCUGGGAACAACCAGGGCAAAAGCAGGAGCCGAUGGAUUCGUCCGAGUUGAUCAUGACUAUGUUCUGAAAUCAGCUGAGCUCGCCAAGGCAGGAGGUUGCACACAGUUCCACCUGGAGUCCUCCAGAGGAGCUGAUAAAAAAAGCAGCUUCCUUUACCUCAAAGUCAAGGGACAAGUGGAAGCAGAGAUUGAGGCACUGGGCUUUGACAGAUAUGCUAUUUACAGACCUGGGGUUUUGCUGGUGGACAGGCAGGAGAGUCGACCUAGCGAGUGGGUCGCCAGGAAGUUCUUCGGUGCCGUUUCUGCCGUGUGCACUUCGUCCUUGUCCGUCCCGAUCCAAGCGGUCGCUAGGGCAAUGGUGUCGAACACUCUGCUUCAGCCUGAGCAGAAGACGGAGAUCCUGGAGAACAAAGCCAUCGCCAGUCUGGGAAAAGUGCAGGGAAAUAAAUGAGGAAGGAACGCACUGAGGUUAUUUCAGCGGAUAUACAGAGAUGACGACAUGCUACCUGCUUCGUGUCAAAGAAUUUUCACAGUACUUGACAUUAAUUUAUUCCAUAAUUUUGCAACUGGCAGAAGCCAACAGCUUACAAAUAUAUUUUAUCUUGGUCUUAAGUGUUUGGGUUUCCUGUGGUUUUGCACUCUGUUGUAACAUUUUCAUCAGGGAAGUACUGCAAUGUAUUUUCAUCUUCUGCCUUAAAGUAAAUGUUGUGCACUUGAUUGAAAUAUUGUCUGUUUUCUGACAUUAAAUUGUAAUAUCGGAC